CCGCGAUUCACACCACCAUGAAUGCCGUCGACGAGCCGUUUGCGUACGCUGAACUGACCGAAGCAGAGUCGGACGAAGCCCUCCAAAAAGCCCUGCAAAGCGUCCUCUUGAAGCGAAAGCAAUACCAGAUGAAUGCGACCAAGCAACUGCAAAAAGAACUCGACGCUCAAGCCCGAAGCAUUGAACGAGCAGUGUCCAUGGCCAAAAUCACCGGUGCACUCAACGAGUCCAAUUCCCAAGCAGCCCCAUCUUCAUCCGCGACGUCGAACAUGGCAAUUCCCAUGUUUGCGACGCCAAAAUCAACCUUCCAAGACUUCCAUCCGUACUCCAAUAACCUCCCAACCCCCACCCCCACAUUAGCCGUACCCGCAACAGCUACGUCAAGCGCGGUUGCUGUCCCAUCAGGGCUAGAUACGAUAUUGCCACCGCCAUCAGCAGCCCUCACUGCCACUAAUCCUAUGAGUAGCACUUCGACCACUUCCACCACGUUUGUCGGGCUUGUAGUAGUCUCCACUGCGUUCAAGUACGUGCCUCCCCUCGCCGACAGCAUGCUAGCGGCAGCGUCGUCCCUCCACACUGUGCUUUGCGAUGUCUCUCUCGGCGGGUUCCUAAACCAAGCGACCAAACUGCUUGUGAAUCCGUCGCUGGUCGAGUUUCUAACGGAACUCGCCACGUUCGAAACGGCCGUGGACCCCCAAUCGACGUUCUUCAUGCUCGUCGUUACGCAUGGCGCCCGGGUGGUCAACGAGCCGCAUGUAGGCAGCUACCUCCUCUUUCCCGAGUCCCGCGUGUCGUCUGUGGAUGAGCUUGUGCUCACGGCGCUCCACGAGCAACAGCUAGCCGCCGCCAUCGAUCGAAUUCCAUCGCAGCGAAAACUGCUCGCAUUUGACGUGUGCCACUUGCAAAGCAUCCUCCCCCCCGUGACGACCAAGGAGGACGCUCCACCUCCUUCAUCCAUCAAAGGUCGCAUCCACGAAGACUUCGCGCGCAAAUUCCUCUCGCGGCUUCGCGAGUUGGAAACGCAGCGACAGGUGGCCCGCGCCAAAGCCGACCACAUUCCACUCAAGUCGCUGCCGGCUACUCAAGUGCCCGUGCUGGUGCUCGAAGCUUGCAAAGCCCGGUCGCAGAUAGCGAUCCACGAGAACGCCGGGUCUGGGAACGCGUUCUUCUUGCGUCGCUUUGUGGAUGCGUUUCGAGGCGCGGCGGCGUCGCCCGGGCGUCGAGACGCGUUCAAAAACUGGACUGAAGACGAUGCCAAGUUUCCGUUCGUUUAUGCGCGGGAUGUUGUGACGUACGUGGCCGCGGCGGUCCAGUUCGACGCGUACGUGGCAUCCUCCCGUGCAAGGGACGCCAUGGCAGCCAAAGACCUCUUGACCGUCCAAUUCGAAGAAGCCGCGUCCGUACGGGACAUGUCCCAAACGCCCCAGCUGCACUGCGACGUCCCGGGUCUCGACUUUCGACUCGGCAAAGUGCCCCAACCACCAAUGAACACGCCGACGCCGCCCACGCUCAUGUCAGCCUCGACCACGUCGCUCCAAGUCACGUGGACACUGCCCCCAGGGGACAAUAGGACGCCCGUCUUGGGCUACCAACUCGAACGAAAAGGCGAUGGCCCCGCCAGUGAGACGUGGACAUUGGUGGCCACGAGACUGGUGCAGACGUACGAAGAUGUCGUGCACAAUGCAGUCGUUCCCCCCAUGACACUGACUGCGACGGGACUCGCGUCGGACGCGGCGUUCCGCUUUCGAGUGCGCGCGAGGAAUGCUGGCGGGUGGGGACGUUACAGCGCCCCAAGCACCCCGUUGCGGACGAUGGCCGCGUCGACGUCGACUAGAUUUGCCACAGAUGUGCAGAGCAAGCGUACUCCACAGGACGUGGUGCAGUGGAUGGCUACAUACCCGACAUUUGGCCAAGUCCAGCAACUCGGAUGUCGGGCGUUGGCGCAGUGGGCUGUCGCAGCAACUACAAAGCAGUCCCACGGUGACGACACCACGAGCGGGUUGGUCGGUGGCGGCGUGGACGCGGCGCUCCGUGCCAUGAAAAUGUACACCGAAGACGUGCAAGUGCAGGCGGCAGCCGCCUCUCUCCUUGGCGCGUUGGCUCAAUAUGACAUCCAGGGGUGGACUCCAGCGCAGAAAGCCGGCGCCAAGAUCCUACUAAACGACCUCUUCGCCAAGUUUUCGUAUGCCGCGUUCCCGUCCGCACACACCACGGGCCUAUGGGCGCUCCGCGUCAUCACUGAGCCCCCCACGCGCCGCAAGAUCGGACGCAACGAAGCCGCCAUGAAGCUCCAAGGACUCUUCCGGCGGCGACAGGCGCGGCGGCUCCUGGCGGCCAUGGCCACUGCCUUGUUCCCUCAAAUUAUCGACCCCGCUACGGGACUCGCCUACUACUACGACACGCGAACAGGCGCCGCGUCUUGGACCCCCCCAAGCCGCUUCCUCGUGUCAUGAUAGGGAAGGGCGUGAAAGGAAAUCAACUUUCGAGGUAUUUUCCUAGUCCAGCCUCCUUGGGCGAGGAUAUAUAAACACCACAAUGAGACCACGUGGACGACGAGUAUGCAAGAAGUAUCCCGGUACCGUGAUCGCUAACGUCGAGUCCGGCCCUCGAAAGUCCAACUUCGCGUCUACUUGAUACAAAGUUACACGUAGUAAGCUAA